AUGGACCGAUUGGAACCUCUGCAACCGCUUGACGCAGAUUACUACGUUGGUGAUUAUGCGCACGUGCCGAUCGAGAGUGACAAUGACUCUAGUUCGGACGAUGAGCUGCAAAACGAGCUGAAGCGAUUAGCCGGGAUACCGAAUUGUGCUCAGACGAAGAAGGAGAAAGAACGCAAUGAAUUUGUCGACGAAAUGGAGAGCGAUUUGGACGAGAGCAUCACCGAAUAUGCCCGGAAUCACAUGGGCGGGUCGAACCAGAAUCUUGCACAGAUAGAAGCUGCGCCGCCGCCUCUCGCUGACCCGGCCGGCGAUAUAGAAAUGGGCUUGACUUCUCCUGGCCCCUCGAAAUCUGCGCUAAAGUCACCGGCACCCGCCAGCCCGCAGCUCUCCAAGAAAAAGAAGAAGGUCACAAUAAACGAGGACGUCGCUAUGGAGGGCGAUGAUGAGGAGCCGCCAUUGGAGGAGGACACGACGAAUCCGAUUAAGAAAAUGUUUAACGAAAGCGUCAAGCAGGCAAAGGCCGAGCGGCCCGAUUUCUACGAUUCUGAUGAGGAUGAAGAUAAUGAGCGCUGGAUAGCCGAUCAACGCCGCAGGAGCAAGGGGCAGGGCUCGUCGAAAAUGAAGGAUUUGAAUGAGAAGCAGAGGAGGGCAAAGGUUGACGACGGGUCUGACGCCGUUCUUUCGUGCCCCGGUUGUAUGUCCCUCAUCACCCGCGAUUGCCAGCGACACGAGUUGUAUAAGGAUCAAUACAGAGCAAUGUUUGUCGAAAACGUCGAAGUCCUCGACGAGCUGAUGACGAUUGAGGCGACCGGAAAAGCGAAGCGAAACAAGCGCAAGAAGGCCCGAAAAGCUGGAGUUGAGCCCCAAGCCACCACCGAAGAUCUCUUUUACGCCGUCGUCUGCUCGGUGUGCCGGACUUCCGUCGGUGUCGCCGAUCUCGAGGAAGUGUACCAUUUUUUCAACGUUCUUGCCGGUUACUCU